AGGCAUAGCAGGUCAUGUGAAUUCUACCCUACUGUGUGUAUAGUGUGUACAAGCAUCAAGACAUCAAGUAUAGCAGCAACUCUAAUUAUCCAUACAAAGGAAUAACCUCAUCUCCCGGGCCUCAACCAUGGAUCACAAUAUGAUUAUACCCCCAAUCGGGCAACAAUAAAGAAAACCAGCCCAAUAAAAGAACCCACCUCAGCAAUUUCCAUCCAAACCAGCAGCAAAAAUCCAGCAAUGUCAUGAAAUGUCCAAGUCGCAACACACCACCCCCUGCCUCAUCUCCCUAACCCUCACCACUCUCUUCCUCAUCACCAUCGUCAUUCUCCUCCGCACACCCCCGGAUAUCCUCCCCCACAUCCUUCCCCCCAUCUGUCCCUCCCAGACCCAUACCCCGGAUUCAGCCCAACAAACCCACGGCCGAAUCUUCACCGAACGCCCCGACCUCGAACGCAUCACCAACGACGACUCCGACGCCAAAUCAUGGGAAUCCAUCCUCCUCCCACCCAGUGGCGGAGGCAUCCGCUCACACACCAUCCCCGACAGCAUCAACCCCAAUGAUGUUCCAGACGGAAAGGUCCUCGGCUGGGGCAUCUCCAUGUUCCAUCAACUACACUGCCUGAUCGCGCUCCGGGCGCUGAUAUUCCCCGAAACGACGGAGAAUAAAAUCAAUUCAACGAGUGGGGCGCAUACGGACGAUAUGGUCCAUGAUCGGGGUCAUUGGGCGCAUUGCUUUGAUUAUAUUGCUCAGGUGGGUGGCUUUGAUACCUUGGGUUGUGGGAGUGAGACUGAUUAUAUCAUGGUAGGGGAUUAUUUGUGCUGCGGAUGAUACCAUCGAACGGCCUCGGAAAGCGCUCGAUCGACAUGGUCGGACGAUCUUUGAUAUUGAUGGGGUGGGCGCGACGCAUCAGUGUCGGGAUGCGAGAGUGUUGUGGGAGACGUCG